CCUGCGUGCUAGCUUGUCUGCAACAGAAAUAAACCUCCUUGAUUGUGACUGCGGAGAGGCUGUCCGCAUUGACUGUAAACGGCACAACGGUUCAUUGAGGUCGUGUAGGCUGAGUGUAAAAGUUUUGUGAGAUUAAAUAGGUUAAGUAACCGCUCCGUCAAGUAAUAAAAUUGUCAGUAUUUGUAAAUUGUGCGGUCUUAAAAGCGGGACUUGUACCUAGCUAACACGGGCUAGCUAACAGACAGACAGACAGUCGUUAAGUGAUAGUGUCAGUUAGUUCAUCAGGUAGAUUAUACACACAGAGACAGGCACUAUCAGGUGGACAACCGCGUUGAAUUAUCGUUUAGCAUCAAACAACCUUUCAUUGUAUCGUUGAAAUAUUGUUCUGUUGGUCCCAGGUAGCAGCAGGUAUAAAAGCGAAGAUGGAUUUCCUUGCCGGCUGCAUCGGUGGUGCUGCUGGGGUCUUGGUUGGACACCCAUUUGACACAGUUAAGGUGCGACUACAGGUCCAGAGUGUGGAUAAGCCUCUGUACCGUGGGACAUUUCACUGCUUCCAGUCUAUCAUACGGCAGGAGUCAGUCUUUGGUUUGUAUAAGGGCAUUGGAUCCCCAAUGAUGGGACUAACAUUCAUCAAUGCCAUAGUAUUUGGCGUCCAGGGAAACACCAUGCGUCUGCUCGGUACAGACACCCCCAUGAACCAGUUCUUGGCUGGUGCCGCAGCAGGUGCCAUCCAAUGUGUCAUCUGUUGUCCAAUGGAGCUGGCCAAAACUCGCAUGCAAAUGCAGGGAACGGGAGAGAAGAAGUCCUCUAGGAAGAUGUAUAAGAAUUCCCUUGACUGCUUGGCACGCAUCUACAACCGGGAGGGUCUGUGGGGAGUAAACAGAGGCAUGGUGACCACACUCAUCCGCGAGACACCUGGCUUCGGAGUGUAUUUCUUGGCUUAUGAUGUGCUGACACGCAGCCUUGGCUGUGAGCCUGAUGACCGCUACAUGAUCCCCAAACUGCUGUUUGCCGGCGGCAUGGCUGGUAUCGCCUCAUGGCUCUCGACCUACCCAGUGGAUGUGAUCAAAUCUCGACUCCAGGCAGAUGGGGUGGGUGGCGUCCACCAGUACAGUAGCAUCGCUGAUUGUGUGCGUCAAAGCGUCAGGAGAGAAGGCUACAUGGUGUUCACGCGAGGCCUGACCUCCACGCUGCUCAGAGCCUUCCCUGUCAACGCAGCUACGUUUGCCACUGUCACGCUCGUCCUCAUGUACGCUCGCGGGAUUGAGGAGCCAAAAGACUGUGAGCUGACUCCGCCAAGCCACCACGCACAGUUACAGCAGCAGGCUCAACCCUCCAGCCUGUGACAGCACAGAGGUCGGACCCUCAGCGUGGGCACUUUAUAACAGCAUGAAAAGAGAAAACGUACAAACCCUUCAAUACUGUUCGACUCCAGUCAAAUCAGACCAAUCAUUCCCAGUUUGACUCAGAAAACACCUGAUUUGUAUCCAACUUGUUUUUACUUUUAAAAAGGAAACAAAGGAAAAACCUAUUUAUUUAAGUGUGAGGUUUGCUUCUGAAGAGGCAGACACGGCCGUCUGUGGCGUUACCUCUGAGGAGAUGAGGGAAAAACGAGCAAUGUGAAAUGAUGGAAGCUUUUAAACAUUAGCUUUUGUACUUGUGGAAGGAUUUAAAACACUGAUCCUGACUUGUUACUGAAGGAAUGGGGAGGUAGUGUAGACAUUGAAUCUCUUUUAGACAUAUCACAAAGUGCAGUGUUUAACUACAUCUGUUUAUAUCAUUUUGAGUUGUUCAUUUUAUGUAUUUUGGAAACAUUUUUCCUGCCUUAUAAUACAGAUAUUUUUGUUUUGUUUGAUGACGCUGAAGCACUUGUUUGUACCUUAACAGUACACUCUAUAGAGCCACGCAAGUAAAAGGAAUGGAAUGUAGCAUAUGAUAAGAGAUACAUGUCAAACUUAUCGCUCUUAUCUGCUUUCCAACCAAAAACUUAAUGCAGCUAUAACUAACUCCUCACUAAAGCACUGUUACACCCAGUCAAUAGAAAACUCUGGUCUGAAGGGCUCUUUAGGGUCUGAAUCAGUACUGUAGGUUGUGUUCUGUUUAUGUUUAUUAUGUCUUUGGUUGUGUGUUUGGCAUGUGUUUUACUGUAUGAUGUGAAGUUUUACUAUGUUACAUAUGUAUGAAAGGCCUGAAUCCAGAGGUGGAACAUGGCACUAUUGUAGAUGUGGAACCACAUCUGUCCUUUACGGUUUUACAGUUUUAUUGACCCGAUCUCCCUCUCUGUAAACAAGAUUAAGACUGUCAAUGGAAACGAUUAAGUAAAUUAAUUCAGUUUUAAAACCUUUUAUUUUAUUCGCAAAAGCACUCGGUCUAUUGUUAAGUUGUAAAUGCACUGGUGAAAGCAGAAGAAAAACAUGCUGUGGCCUCCCUCUGCAUUCUGUCAUAGAUGACUAAUUUCAUUUCAUUCUUUUCAUAUUCAGCUUCUUGUUCUUUAAUGUGGGAUUUUAUAACUGGGUCCAGUGUUUCCUUUAGUGGCUGAUAAUUCAAUGUGGUCUAAAAAAAUACCACAGUAAACCCAGACACAUGGGUCUAAUACACUUUGAUGCCUGAUAAAACAAAAACAGGCAAUACUUUUCCAGCAAAAAUGAAUUCUUAUUAUCAGGCAAAGUGACUUUUAUUAUGUGGUAUUGCGGCAUUUCUUCUUGAAAUCUGUGUUGUGUUUUCAUACUGUAUUCUUGAUCUGGAUUAGGGCUUUAAUGAGACUUUUUUUUUAAAUUUCUGUGUUUGUAACUGAGGGGGGAUUGUCUGCUUUCUGCAUGCCUGUGGUCACUAUCAGAUGAUUCUGUCUGUAUUUAAUGCCUGAAUGUCAAAUUUGUUGCUUUAAGUAAUCCUAUUUCCCCUUGCACAUCGAGUAGUGACUGGUAAAUUACCAGCUCACCUGAUAUGAUAAUCUACUGUUAUUGAGGAAUUUCCAGAAACUGUAAAAUAAGUUACCAAUCAAACUGCUGUAUUCUUGCAGUUGUUUGCGUAUGAAGUCACAGAUGCACUGAAACCUUAAGUAUGUUGAAUGUAACACACCUGUGUGCACUCACAGGUGUUCAAGACUGAAACUCAAAGAGUUGAAGGACAAAAUGACUUCUGGGAAUUCUGUCACUUGUAUAAGUUAUUGUUGAAACACUUGAAAAGCCACAGCUGGUUUGAUGAUGAAGUGGUGUGGGAUGUGUUUGGAGAAGGUGCUUCGAUUUAGUCAUUAACUCCACCUUUGAAGCAGUGACUGUUACCUGUAGGCCAUCCACAGCUGUCACAUGGUCAUCGACAGUUCGAAGCUAAUAUUUGUUCAACCCGGCUGAUGUGAAAGAUGCAAUAUGUACAGGAUGUAACGGUUAUAAUGUGAAAUUGUUUUGAAAUAGCUGGUUAUGUAAAUAUGUAAAUAUAUAUAUGUGCAUACAUAACAUAUAUUUUUCAGUCUCAAGUAGUUUGUGUUUCCCUGAAUGUCUGAGUUUUAUCAGUUUGAGCUGUCUGUACUGAAAAGAGUGCAACUGGAAAACUGAGACAUGAUAUUUUUGUAACAUAUAGUCAUAAAGUUAAGCAUCAUGACCUCUUUGUCUAGAUUUGCCUCUGAGGAUCUGUACAAUUGGGUAAAUAAAAAUGCAA